ACAGAGUUAUUCGUAACUAUAUACAGUGCAGUGUAAAGGAAGUUCUUUGUGAAUAAGGAUCUGCCCAUGUAUGCUCUAACUAAACACAAUGAAAAAUGAAAGCAAACAACUCUUGAAAAAGUUAUUUGUUAUACUUUGCCUAAGGCAUCAGUGCAUGUUAUUGGUUUAUUUUCAACUGAAGUGAAGGAUGAUGACAGUGGAUUUUAUUCUAUUUUUUUUUCUGUUUAUUUUUAGAAGAGGACCAACAAACAACCACAACCUAAAUUCUAUAGGACAGAAGUGCACACAUGCACUUUGUUAACUAUCAGAAUCUAUUUGAGUUCAGAUAGUUUCAGCAGAACUGUACACAUACAUCUUCUUCCAAUGCAGAGUACAAAAACCUAAUUCACCAGUAUGGUGAAAAUGAACAGUAAGGUCUAAUGUUUAAGAGAGCUGGUGAAGUCAGCCUUUUACCUUCUUCCUGUUCAGACACACUGUAGAGACAGCAUUAAAAUUCAGACAUAACUCUGUCAAAGGCAAAAAAAAAAACAACAACAAAAAACCAACAAACAGCAGCAGCUUCAAGUGAGCAUUAGUUUUGUACUGCCACUGAAAUGAAGCCUGAAUCUGGAUGGAACAAGCAACAAACUGGGCAUGUGCAGACCCUGCAGGAUUCUGUAUUUAAAUGGAAGCUGCCGCUGCUGCCCUUUGCUAAGCUGAAGAUGGAAUAAAGCAAGCUGAGGCUCUGGUGAGAAAUUCUGCACUAGAUCUUGCACUAUUUCAGACAGAGGAUCUGACAGUCUGCUUUACACACACACAGAAAGGUAAACUGGCUGACUUAAAAUCAGAAGAGAGCUUUGCUUUCUUUGCUAUUGCUUAUAUUUCGUUUGCGUAAUUUGCCAGCCCGUUCAAAGGGGGAAUAUCUUGUCUCUCUGAAGACUCCAUCUGCACCAAAUUUGUGGAGUCAACUCAUGGAAUGACUCAGGAGCGAUUGCCUACACACUGAUGGACCUGCCUCUUAGAGCCCCAACAAAGAUGACAGUGAAAGACGUUCGUAGUGCUUUUCCUACAGUGGAUGUCCCAGACCAUGCCCACUAUACAAUUGGAACAGUCAUUCUUAUCGUGGGGAUCACAGGAACUCUGGGUAAUUUCCUGGUCAUCUAUGCUUUCUGCAGGAGUAGGACCCUUCAGAAACCAGCCAAUAUAUUCAUCAUUAAUCUAGCUGUUAGUGACUUCCUUAUGUCCAUCACACAGUCUCCAGUAUUUUUCACCAACAGUCUCCAUAAACGAUGGAUUUUUGGUGAGAAAGGCUGUGAGCUGUAUGCCUUCUGCGGAGCUCUUUUUGGCAUUACAUCUAUGAUCACUUUGAUGGUGAUUGCCUUGGACAGAUACUUUGUCAUCACAAAACCUCUGGCUUCUGUUCGAGUGAUGUCUAAGAAGAAGGCCCUUAUAAUCCUGGUAGGCGUCUGGCUGUACUCUUUGGCUUGGAGCCUCCCACCCUUCUUUGGAUGGAGUGCCUAUGUUCCUGAAGGCCUGCUGACUUCCUGUUCCUGGGAUUACAUGACUUUCACACCAUCAGUCCGUGCCUACACAAUGCUGCUUUUCUGCUUUGUCUUCUUCAUUCCUUUGAUUGCUAUCAUAUACAGCUAUUUCUUUAUAUUUGAGGCUAUCAAGAAGGCCAACAAGUCUAUACAGACAUUUGGAUGCAAACAUGGAAACAAAGAUCUCCAGAAACAGUAUCAUCGGAUGAAGAAUGAGUGGAAGUUGGCUAAGAUUGCACUGAUCGUCAUCUUGCUUUAUGUCAUUUCCUGGUCACCAUACUCUGUCGUUGCUCUGGUAGCUUUUGCUGGGUAUUCUCAUGUUCUAACACCCUUCAUGAAUUCCAUACCAGCUGUGAUUGCCAAAGCUUCUGCCAUCCAUAACCCCAUUAUUUAUGCCAUCACUCACCCUAAAUAUAGGACAGCCAUUGCAACAUAUGUUCCCUGCCUUGGAUCCCUACUGAGAGUUUCUCCUAAAGAGUCCCGAUCCUUCAGCACUUCUCGCUCCUCCAGACGAACCACCAUAAGCAGCCAGUCUUCUGAGACUGGCUCAGGUGGGCUGCAGAAAGGAAAAAGACGACUAUCUUCCAUCUCUGACAGUGAAUCGGGCUGUACCGAUACAGAAACUGAUAUCAUCAGUAUGACGUCCAGACCUGCUAGCAGCCAGGUUUCCUAUGAAAUGGGCAAAGAUACCACCCAAACUAGUGGCCUAGGAGGCAAACCUGAAGUGAAAAGCCACAAUUCUGAAAUUUUUGGAAAGACAAUUGUAAACACAGAUGAAAUACCCAUGGUGGAAAUGAAUGUCACAGAGCAUUCUGCUACUUCUACUUGCAAAGCAUCUGAAAAAUGCAGCGUGGAGGAAAGUCAGAGAGGUGAGAGCCUGAGUGGCAUUGGACUAAGAAAAGGAGAGCCUCGCCAUAGAACAUCCGCAUCUCAGAUACCCAGCAUUAUAAUAACAUGCAGCAAUGUACAAGGAGUAGAGCUGCCUUCUGGAUACAGCACUGGUUUCCUGUACCCAAAGAACAAAAGCCACAAGCAGAACAAGAGCUCCAGCAGCUGAGUGGCACAAGCCAGAAUAUCACCUUCACCAGUAUCUCUGGAGGAACCAUGAACCAGCUGAAUCCAGAAGGCUUUCCUACCUUACUCUGAAACACUUCUACAGAAACACAAUACAAGCAAGAAUAAAAUCAAGUGUUCAGUUUCUGAACUGACUCCAGUGCUUCACUUUUGAUCUGAGCCACACUGCAAUUUAUUAUUUCUUCUUUUUGUGGCUCAAAUAAAUUAUUUUUCUCACUUGGAUUUUACUCUUCUCAGGCAUAUGACACUGUUAUAUGGAUCUUGCCUACAAUCUUGCCUACAAGCUCUUUUGAUUAAUUUGAGAGAAAAGGGAAGCGUGAGAUCCAGCCUUUGUCUAAUUACUGUGGAGUAACUUCAAAGCUAUUUGUGGAAAAGCUUAAAUUGCUUUCUGGAGAUGCUUUCAUUAUUGAAGUUCCUCAAGCAAAUGAAAACACUCAGUGCUCCUUUCUCUUAGUAAUUAGAAAGUUUCCUCAUAUUCUUGUACAAUGCAAUUGAAAGGUAAUGCACUUGAGCACUAAUUUGAAGUCUCAGACAUUUGUUUUGUUUUUAUUUCUGAGACUCUAGAGGAUGAAAAAGUAAUCUGCUUUUCCCUGGUGCUCCUUCUGGAAUAAAAAAGAUUAGUAGAUAGAAUUAAUUUACAAUCUGUAGAAGUUUACGCCGCAAGAAUGAUAAGGUGUAGUCAGUCCACAGUGGGGAUAUGUCCCUUUUAAGUCUAAAAGCAUAGAAUAAAUAGAGCUAUUGAAGCAGUUCUUAACAACAGGUGCCUAAAUAGCUCUCCCUUUGGUUGCAGGAAUAGAGGAAACCACCCAAGCCAUUUUGUUCUAAGUAAAUUGGUUCUGAUGUCAUAUCAGAGAAAGCCAUCAGAUUAUACAAAUAUAACCAGCUUAUUCCUUUGAAGGCAAAAAAGUUCAGUCAGUUCCAGAAGACAUGGGUCAUUGAUUACAACCAAAUAUUUGAAACUUACUUUGAACUGAAUUAAAAACGGAGGUGAUAAUGUCUUUUGAGGCAGCUGAACAUCAGAUCUCAAAUAAGUGGCUAUUUCAGACAGGUAAUAAACAACCAAAAGAAAACACUGAAAGUCUUGGGUGUUUCUGCAUAAAUAAAAUCAUAGGCAUUGGAAAUGAAAAAAAAAAAAAAAAAGUACAGUUUCUCCCUUUACCUACCACAACUGGAUAUUGUUUCCAUGCAGAAAACAAUGUUAAACUGACAAGACACAUGCUAGCAAUAAGGAAAUAGAAGGGCAAAAACAUAUCUUCAAACAGGAAGCCUGUUCAAAGAUGUUCAUGAAGCCUGAGCAAUUACAUUCUUACUUACUGUUUUGGCUUACAAAAUAAGAAAACAUGAAGCAUAUAAUUGUCCCCAUCUUUUGCCAGGAAAACAGGUGACAGUAGGGAAGAAAUGCUAGCAAAGGUUGCCUAUUUCAUACAGGCUGCAAAAGGCUGAACACAUUAAGAAAAUAGGUCAAAGCUUACAUGUGCUUUUUUCUUGUGCUAAUAAGAUGCAUUUGUGUACAACUUGCCAGUAAGAGCUAGCCUUUUCACUCCUGUUACAAUUUUGUUCAGAAUUAAUAUUCUUGAAGACUAUACUCUGCUCUUCUGCAUUCUCUUCUACUUUUAGAGAGUAUUAAAAGAAUACAUUGAUGGCUAGA